AUGCGUCUAGUUUCUCUCUCUUUCUCUCCCUCUCUUUGCUCAUCACGUUUUGCCUCUCCGUUGUUGCACCUUUUUUGCCGCGGCGCUGCACUUGCGUCGCUUACUGCGGGACGCUCGUUUACAUGCGUCUACACUCGAUGGCCCACUAGUGGCCUUUUUGUGUUGUGUGCGAGUGUCUGUGCUGCUUUGUCCCACAGUUGUUCCUCUAUUGCUGUGACGUCUUUGAAGCUCUCAAGGCUGAAUCGUGUCUUGCCGUCUGGUCUUGUUGUUGUUGUUGCUAAUCGGACUCUUCUCGAUUCAGCUCAGUUGUGGUGUUUCCUUUACUCCGCUGCAGUUACCCCUUUGGUCUGUCCUCCAGUGUGUUUUGCCGUCUGUUGCGACCGUGGCGUUACCAGGCCCCACACACUGUCUGCCGUGAAGAGUGGUGCUGGUGUCGCAUUUUUGUUUGUGACUGUGGCUGUCGUGUACUACACCUUUGCUCUGUCUGAUUUUCUCUUUUCCAUUCUCUCGUCUUUUAAUCAUAGCCGUGAAAACUCAGGCCACAUGAAGAACUUCUCCGGGAGCUACGCUGCUGAUUCUGGCGACACGAUGAGGAGCUUCACCUCGCUCUCGUCGCGCCGUAAUCAGCAGCCUCACAGUCGUGACAGUGUUACCGGCGCAGCGUUAGUCGCAGCGGCCACGGCCACGAGUCGUGGCAGCAGCGUCGCCAUACCGAGCAUCUUGUCGUCGUCGCGGGGAUCGCAGCAACACAGCAGGGGCAUAAUGGGGACUUCGUCGUCCUUGCGGUCCAGUGCCGCGAAAGCGGCCGCUCGCGAGGAGGCGCGGAAGCGCAUGCAUGACAUGCGCGCCGAGCUCGAGGGUGUCAUUCACGUGCUCGAUGGCGGCAUCAAUCGAACGCCACUGCCGCUGCAGCCGCGACAGAGCCUUGUCGGUGGAGUGCCGCAUGAACUGCAGCUGCUCAACAGAGGUGGCUCCGCUGGAAGUCGCACGGAGGUGACUCAGGAUAUGGGCGGGACGACGAAUCUCAUGAGCGGUUACCUGGACAGCUCCUUCAUUCAUUCAUCGUUCAUGUUCAGCAAGGCCAGGCGCAGCAGUAGCAAGUGCGACUCGAUAGCGGCGGGCAGUCACAUCCAGAGCAAGAGAAACAGUGCGGGUGGCGAUCAUGGCAGCGGCGUACGCAGACGCAGCGAUGGCGGAGACAUCCGCAGCCUUGAGUCGAGUCUCCAGUCGCUCUCCUUCGCCGGUAACCGCCGCAUGUCAGAGCGUUCAUUAUCGGUUUGCGAAUCGUCGUUGGUACGUCAGCGCGCUGCCGCUCCCGCUGGCAACGCCGCUGAUGCACCGCUCCCGAGACUUUUGCAGAAGAACACGCUGCUCGAGGGGGCCAUCUAUACGCCGCCGGCACCGUUGACAGCGAACGAGAAGGCUGCAUGGCGCAAGGCAACCACCACCGUCGUCCUCACCGAAACCCCCACCAUCUUACUGUACUGCCAUCAGGAUGAGGCGGUGUCGAAGGAGUAUGCGGAGAAGGUUACCACCGUCGUGGAACGCAACUGCGAGUACGCAGCUGUGGAGGAGGCCUACCGGACGGACGAGGGCACCCAGUUCCACAGCACGGGCGCCAUGACAAUGCGUGCGCCCAUGAAGUCGGUGCAGACCGAAGUCCAUCCGCCGCCAAAGAAAGACAGCGGUGCCCUGCAGGUGACUCCGUGGAUGCUGAAGGACGCGUACGCGGCGACGCUGGAGGCCACAGAGAACGCUGAGGAGGAAGGCCAGGAGGAGCGACAGCAACAAGUGGGCAACGCUGCCGGCGACGCGGCUGACAGCGGCGCUGGUGCUGAUUUUGAGGACGCCCUGCGUGACGGAGACAGCAUUGACGGCACCGGCAGCGGAGAUGACGACGGCCAGAGCAGUGACAAUGGACAGUCCACACUGGUGUCCUCUGAAACAGUGACACGUACAAUGAGCAGCGGAGGCGUGACGGUAAACAGUGCCAACGCUGUCGCCUCCACCAUUGCUGGUGUAGAGGCGAGUAGGCAGUGGAUGCUGGCGGAGACGUUGCUGUCCACGCUACGCAUCAUGGAGCGUGCUGUGGUGCAAAACAACAUGGAGGCGGUGCAGCUUUCUUACCGAGGAAUCGCCAUGGAGGGCUUUAGCCAAGAUGCGGUGAAGACAGCUGCAAAGCCCGCCUCUGCUGUCGACACCUCUACCUGUGUAUCUGCGAUGUCCCCAUCAACAGCGGUGCCAGGGCCACUGCCAGUGGCUCUUAAUUUGCACACGACACCACUGCCGGCUGUCCCAGCGGAAGGUUCCCCCAUGACCCCAGGGGCUGAAGGAGGGGCAGCAGCGACGGCGGACAGAAAGGCUGCUGCACAGGUGAUGGGCUUAGGGGACCCACCACAGGAAGCUGGUGCAGUGCUCACCUCAUCAGUCGCCGUAAACUCUAGCGCAGCCUCGCCGUCUUCGUCUCCACCUGUGCGCCUUAGUGAGGGCAUUCGCCUUCUCUGGCGUUUUGGCUCGCCACAGCUGACACAGGGUCGUGGUGUAGCCUGCAUGGCGUGGAACCGGCGUGAGAACGACAUGCUAGCGGUGGGGUACACCGCAUGCCGACGCUCGCUGCUGCAGGACGAUGACAACAACAGGGGCAACGAUGUCGCAUCGUCGGUGAUCUACAAGCGCGCUCAGGGCCAGGAGGCUCACGGUAUGGUGUGCUGCUGGUCGCUGAAGAACCCACUGUCCCCGGAGCUAAUUCUGUACCUGCGCGGCGACGCUGACGUCACGGCUCUUGCCUUUUCCUUUGAGCACCCCAGUCUGCUUGCUGUCGGCAGCAGCGCUGGCGAGAUUGUCAUCUAUGACAUCCAGCACGACAUCGUGCUCCCCUCUAUUGUUCCUGCCGUCAUCGGUGCGGCUGGUGGCCAGCAUACUGGCGCGAUCUGGGAGCUGCAGUGGGUGCCAAAAGGAAAGGAACAUGGCGAGUUCCUCACGUCCAUCUCCGCUGAUGGUCGCGUGGUGCAGUGGGCAGUGGGCAAGUCGAUUGAGCGUGUUCCACCAGACCUCAUGCAUCUGCAGCGCCAGCCGGGCAUGCAUGUGGAGAAGGCUUUUAUUGCCGGUGUCGCAGAGGCUGAGGCGGCUGCCGCGUUGGCCGAGUCCGCCCUGGGCGGCAAAGGGGGUGCCAAUAAGCAGCCCCGAAGACCGGUGCCGAGGAGCGCUGCUGGGUCUACAGGAGCCAGAAGCGGCGGCGGUGGCGGUGGCGGUGCAGCGGAGGAGGCGAUCCUGUCUCGGCAGUGUGGCGGCAUGUGCUUUGAUAUUUGUCCAUCAGACACGGCUGUGUACAUCGUCGGCACCGAGGAUGGCUCCGUCCUACAAUGCAGCAAGAGUCAGACGGAGAACUACGACUUGGAGUACGAGCCGCACUCGGAUCUGGUGUACCGCGUUCGGUGGUCGCCCUACAGCGCUGCAUACUUUCUCACCUGCUCGGCAGACUGGACCUCGCGUCUUUACAGGGUUGGUACCAAAAAGGCGCAGCUACGCUUUCACAGUGUCCGGCAAGACGCUGUGCAGGAUGUGGCGUGGUCGCACACAAACGCCCUUAUCUUUGCCACGGUGACGGCACAGGGUAACGCGGAGGUGUGGACAGUCAUGGAUGGCAUGCACCCUUGCACCACUGUUGAAUACCGUGACCAUCGCCGUCUGAGCGCUGUCCUCUUCGCAGAGCAGGAGACGCCAGUGCUCGUCGUUGGUGAUGAGGAGGGUGAUGUGACGGUAUUCCGGCUAGACGCGCCAUCGUACAAGCGCUGCGACCUCACAGAUGACGAGCAGGAGACGCUGCUGGCAGAGGCAGUCCGAAAACAGCUGGCCUAG